AUGGAAGCUUCCGAGCUCGAUGGGCCGGGGGGCCUACCCCCGGCGUUCGUUGACGAGAUGGAGCCCGCCCCAGCGGGGCUUGACCUCUCGCCUGUGCUGCCCUUUUUUCCAUUUGAUGGUUCGCUCGCUCAGCAACUCAAGACGGAAGAGGUGGCCCUAUGGAAUGCAGCCAUCAUGGCCAGGCAGUUUCCGGCAUUGCAGGCACUGCCCCUUGCGCGCGGCCAUGCAUGCAGCUCAGGGCAUGGUGCUGGUCGGCCACCGGGGAGACAUGCCCAGUCUUCCCCGGAGACGGAGCCCAGUCCGACUGGCCAUGUCGCCCGAUAUAAAUGGCGCCGGCCGGAGGAGAGGCGCAGAUACGCGGUGCAGGCCGCUUGCCUGCUACACCGGGGGGAGGGUGCCCUCGACCUGGGCGUUGCACGAUUGCUCUGUUGCUUCCAAGUAGGGAACCAAUGCCUGCCCUGGCCACCACAGGUAGGGCGGCACAAUGCCACCGAGGCUGGGAACUCGAGGGGAGCACCCAUGUUUGGUCUGCUGCAACCUCAGCGGCCUCUCAUGGUUGCUGACUUGCCACUACCCUGGUCCGCACUGCCGGCUGUGAGUUCCCCGUGGCAAGGUAACAGUGAGAGGCGACAGUUCCGGGUGCGGCACUGAGGCAGUGGGGGUGGGUGAACCGACGCCUCGGCUGGAUGGAGCUCAGACAUGGACGUCCUGUCUGUUGGCGCUAGGGAGAAUAAGCAAAAUCAGGCUGCCGAAGCUUUGGGAAGACGCCGUCUCGAAGAGUCGCCAUUUAGCUCGAGGCGCGCACGCACACAACUCAC